AUGAAAUCUGUUGAUGAAGCUGCAUCGUCCAUUCUCAAUCCGGGUGUUCAUGUUGCGAUACUUAGGUCUACUGGGGAUAAAAAAUACUAUGGAGGCGGGAUGCAGACCACUGUAUAUAAACCUGUUGUUCAAGAUCGCCAAUAUAGCUCUAGCCGUAUAAAAUUCCAGAAUGGUCCUGAUAGCAUUGCAGCAGGAUGGGUAACGAAGGAUUCGAGCUGCUACAACGUCUACUGUCCUGGGUUUGUGAUUGUGAGUCAUGAUAUACCAAUCGAUACCAUCUUUCAGCCUGUUUCCCAACGAGGUGGAGCGAUAUUCUUACAAAGAUUCUUCAUACACAAGGAUGUCGUAACUGGAGACUGGGUUCUCGUGGUCGGUUUUGAGAAUAAGGUGGUCGGAUUUUGGCCGAAAACGAUAUUCACGGGACUGUCGGACUUCGCCAACUAUGCGGAAUGGGGAGGAGAAGUUUACAGUCCUUACGGUGUCGACCCGCCGCCGAUGGGGUCGGGCUGUCGGCCUGUUGGAGAUGUCAAGUUAGAUGGUUAUGCUAAACAGAUCACGGUUAUCGAUGAAGACGGCAAGGUUGAUUACGAUCCUUCGGAUUGCGAGGCCUACUCAGAUGAUAUUGAUAUGUACACUGUGAUCAAUCAGGAAACUGUAGGCGGUGAUUUACAGUACCUGGUUGAAUUCGGCGGUAAUCAUUGUCUUGCAGAGUGUAAAGCAAAUUAA